AUCCCUUUGCAAUUUCCAGCCAUCAGCUAAAGACUCCCCUCCCGGGGCUUUAAAGAGAGGCUCCAGGCUCGCGAUCCACGAAUACACAAAAACCUUCCUUGCUGAUGUUCUGAAGAAAAGCCCCGCCUCAGCCCUAUGAAUGCUGGGAGAAAAGAUGUUCACUGUGCUGACCCGCCAACCAUGUGAGCAAGCAGGCCUCAAGGCCCUCUACCGAACUCCAACCAUUAUUGCCUUGGUGGUCUUGCUUGUGAGUAUUGUGGUGCUUGUGAGUAUCACUGUCAUCCAGAUCCACAAACAAGAGGUCCUCCCUCCAGGACUGAAGUAUGGUAUUGUGCUGGAUGCCGGGUCUUCUAGAACCACAGUCUACGUGUAUCAAUGGCCAGCAGAGAAAGAGAAUAAUACCGGAGUGGUCAGUCAAACCUUCAAAUGUAGUGUGAAAGGCUCUGGAAUCUCCAGCUAUGGAAAUAACCCCCAAGAUGUCCCCAAAGCCUUUGAGGAUUGUAUGCAAAAAGUCAAGGGGCAGGUUCCAUUUCACCUCCACGGAUCCACCCCCAUUCACCUGGGAGCCACAGCUGGGAUGCGCUUGCUGAGGUUGCAAAAUGAAACAGCAGCUAAUGAAGUCCUUGAAAGCAUCCAAAGCUACUUCAAGUCCCAGCCCUUUGACUUUAGGGGUGCUCAAAUCAUUUCUGGGCAAGAGGAAGGGGUAUAUGGAUGGAUUACGGCCAACUAUUUAAUGGGAAAUUUCCUGGAGAAGAACCUUUGGCAUAUGUGGGUGCACCCGCAUGGAGUGGAAACCACGGGUGCCCUGGACUUAGGUGGCGCCUCCACCCAAAUAUCCUUCGUGGCAGGAGAGAAGGUGGAUCUGAACACCAGCGACAUCAUGCAGGUGUCCCUGUAUGGCUACGUGUACACGCUCUACACGCACAGCUUCCAGUGCUAUGGCCGGAAUGAGGCUGAGAAGAAGUUUCUGGCAAUGCUAUUGCAGAAUUCUCCUACCAAAAACCAUCUCACCAAUCCCUGUUACCCUCGGGAUUAUAGCAUCAACUUCACCAUGGGCCAUGUAUUUGAUAGCCUGUGCACUGUGGACCAGAGGCCAGAAAGUUAUAACCCCAGUGAUAUCAUCACUUUUGAGGGAACUGGGGACCCAUCUCUGUGUAAGGAGAAGGUGGCUUCCCUAUUUGACUUCAAAGCUUGCCAUGAUCAAGAAACCUGUUCUUUUGAUGGGGUUUAUCAGCCAAAGAUUAAAGGGCCAUUUGUGGCUUUUGCAGGAUUCUACUACACAGCCAGUGCUUUAAAUCUUUCAGGUAGCUUUUCCCUGGACACCUUCAACUCCAGCACCUGGAAUUUCUGCUCACAGAAUUGGAGUCAGCUCCCACUCCUGCUCCCCAAAUUUGAUGAGGUAUACGCCCGCUCUUACUGCUUCUCAGCCAACUAUAUCUACCACUUGUUUGUGAAUGGUUACAAAUUCACAGAGGAGACUUGGCCCCAGAUACAUUUUGAAAAAGAAGUGGGGAAUAGCAGCAUAGCCUGGUCUCUUGGCUACAUGCUCAGUCUGACCAACCAGAUCCCAGCUGAAAGCCCUCUGAUCCGUCUGCCCAUAGAACCACCUGUCUUUGUGGGCACCCUCGCUUUCUUCACAGCGGCAGCCUUGCUGUGUCUGGCAUUUCUUGCGUACCUGUGUUCAGCAUCCAGAAAAAAGAGGCACUCCGAGCAUGCCUUUGACCAUGCAGUGGAUUCUGACUGAGCCUUCAAAGCAGCUCCUGGAGUCCAAUGGCUGCUUAGAGUCAGCCUGGGUGGCACCAGGCAACACAGGUAAAGUGGCUGCCUUCAGGAAAUACAACUAACUAAAAUCAAACACCUAGGUCACGUGCCUCUCAAAUACUGAUUUCUGCCACAGUACCUCUUGGGGCAUCACUUGGCUAUUCUGCGCAUAUCGCUCUUCAGAGACCUCACUACCCAUGUGCUGAUCUAUUGGGGAAUAGAGAAGAGACAGGCCACCAAGGUCAGGCUCUUUAUUUUAAGUCCCCCAGAGGAAGAGUAAGUUGAGAGGAUAUCAGCUUAAUGUUGAAGAAUUGACCUCAGGGCUCAGUUUCUAUUUCCCUCCCUCAGUAUUCUUCCUGGCAGGAUACCCAUUAAGCAUUUGGCCCAACCAGAUAUCUCAUUUUAUAGUUUUUUUCCCAUUGGUGUUUAACUAAGAUUUUCUUAUAGCAAUCUCAUAAGCAGUGAACCCCCUCAGAUCAGUAGAAUAUAGUAUCUGGGGGAGAAGACUUAUUUCCCUCAGGGCAGUGGCCACAGCCAGGCUUCUGUCAUACAGGUGGAUCCCGAAGCACAGAGACAUAAAAAAGGUCUCCCAGAAAACUAUAGACCAUUCUCCAAGUGGAAUUCCCACUUAGGGCUCUGGUCACUAGAUUGCAUUCAUUCAACAGACAUCUAAAAACACCUAUUAUGGCUGAUACCUUUUAGGUGUGAUCUUGGAUUUGGACAUAUGAUAAGAACAUAGUAUUUAUUCAUAUUUGUUGAUUGAGGUUGUUUCCAUGAGUGACCAAGAAAGGGCAAUAAACUAUAGAGAUAGCAGGGAAAAAACAGCAUCCAAAUCACCAAGAGUUUUCAAGAAAAAAAAUCUUUGUGUUUGUCAUCAUCCUCAUCUCGCCAUUGUAUUGCUAUGCCCUCCCAUAAAAACACAUUUAUCCCUAGCAAGAUUGUUGCAUUCCAGAUUUUACUGCCUUUGCUAGGCUUUUGUUUAGCAAAGGGCUGCCUUUCCAUUGUUAUCAUGGUGUAUAUAUUUUUGUCACCAUUCCCACAGUAUACUUGAUGUUGUCAUAGAACAUUCUACUUUAUGAUUUACUAGCCAAUUACUUUUCUAGAUCAUAGACCUCUCUGCAUAGUAGUCAUAGGUCUUGACUUUGGGGAAAGAAAAGGAAGCUGCAGGAAUAUUUAUCUCCAAAGUCGAAUGAGAAAGAACUCCAGCAAAUCCAAUGGCUACAAACUAAAAAUCAGCAUUAUUUCAUAUUGCUGUUUCUUAGCUGAAUAUGGAAUAAAGAACUAUUAUUUUAUUUUGA